ACCGUUCAAAGGAAUUGUGACGGUCCCCCUCCAGCCCCGCAAAACCGGUCUGUGGCUGAUAUAGAGGAACUGGCUGCCAGCUAUGAGCGUAAACUCAUUGAGGUGGCUGAGAUGCACGGAGAGCUGAUAGAGUUUAAUGAGAGGCUGUACUGCUCCCUCAUGGCCAAAGACAACCUGAUCGGACAGAUGAGACAGGAACUCAUCGACCUGCGCGGCCCGGUGCCAGGGGACCUGAGCCAGACCUCUGACGAUCCCAGCCUAUCUGACUUCGAGACAACUCAGCGUGCCCUUGUCAACGUGUGGAUCCCGUCUGUGUUCCUUCAAGGUCGGGCAGCCAACACCUAUCAUGUAUAUCAGGUGUACAUUAGAAUCCUGGACAAUGAGUGGAAUGUGUACCGGCGCUAUGCUGAGUUUAGGGCACUGCACAAUUACCUGCGGCCGCAAUUCCCACAAGUCGACACAUUCAAUUUCCCACCUAAAAAAGCCAUCGGCAACAAGGAUGCAAAGUUUGUAGAGGAGAGGAGGAAACAGCUGCAGUCAUACCUGCGUAUGGUGAUGAAUAAACUGAUCCAGACACUGCCUGAAUUCACUGCCCAGCCCACAAAGGAAACUUUACUGCAGUUGCUGCCUUUCUGCCAGACCUCUCACAUCCUGCAUUUUACCGGCCAAUUGUCUGUUCUGAUUGGCUCAUUGAUUUAUCAGGGACAACCCGACAGCUAAUGAGAGUGGUGCCAAAACUGCCCGAUCCAAAGCCUCCAGCCGCUUCCCAAGACUAGGCCGCAACUCAGGUCGUGAAACACGCAACC